CGUACUGUUGUCAUGGUUACUGGAAUUGUUUACGACUUGACGACCGCUUCGUCACUUUGUGCGUUCGGUAUUUUACGAACUUUGAGAUUACGUUCGCCUCUCGUCCAAUGAGAAAAGAGGAGAGAAAAAACUUGACAGACGGGACACAGCCAGACGACGAGACGGUCCUCCGAAUAAUCCUCAAAAUGAUAAGAUAAAAUACAAGCGGUGGCGUGACUUGACAUCUGCGAUCGCACAUGCCCCAAAGGCAAAAAGCUAUUCAAGGUCAUCGUCCGUUCGAAGCGGUCGUCUGCUAGCGUGCCCGCCACAUUUCUGGCCGUUAAUUCGAUCAGGGGACGGUGAUACUCUAGUUCUAGUCCAGGUCGUGGCGAUUGCUAGACUACUUGACGAUGAAUCCGCACGCGAAGUACCAGACACCGCUGUCGGCCCGUUAUGCCAGCCCUGAAAUGGCUUUUCUUUGGAGUGACCAGAAGAAAUUUUCGACAUGGAGGAAACUUUGGAUCUACCUUGCUAAGGCUGAAAAGUCUCUGGGCAUCCUAAUCACGGACGACCAGAUCCAGGAGAUGGAGGCUCACGUGGACACCGUCGACUUUGCAGCGGCCGCCGAGGAGGAGCGUCACACGCGCCACGACGUGAUGGCGCACGUGCACGUCUUCGCCAAGCAGUGCCCCAAGGCCGCCCCCAUCAUCCAUUUGGGGGCCACCUCUUGCUACGUCGGAGACAACACGGACCUGAUUCUCCUGAAGGAAGCGAUCACCAUCCUUCUUCCUAAGUUGGCAAGGUGCAUUCAGCGGCUGUCCAAGUUCGCGACAGAAUAUGCCAACCUUCCGACCCUGGGGUUCACCCACUUCCAGCCUGCACAGCUGACGACUGUCGGGAAGCGUGCCUGCUUGUGGGUUCAGGACCUCCUGAUGGACCUGGAAAACCUGGAGCGGGCACGGGACAACCUGCGCUUCCGGGGCGUCAAAGGCACCACGGGCACGCAGGCCAGCUUCCUGCAGCUCUUUGAGGGAGACCAUGCCAAGGUGCAGAGGCUGGACCAACUUGUUACCAAGAUGGCCGGAUUCAACAGGUCCUUUGUGAUCUGUGGCCAAACCUACACUCGCAAGGUGGACAUUGACUGUCUCUCGGCUGUGGCCAGCCUUGGAGCGUCCGUGCACAAGAUCUGCACUGACCUGCGGCUGCUGGCCCACAUGAAGGAAGUGGAGGAGCCCUUUGAACGCACCCAGAUUGGCUCCUCGGCCAUGCCGUACAAGCGCAACCCCAUGCGCUCGGAGCGCUGCUGCUCCCUGGCGCGCCACCUCAUGGCCCUGGUGGCAGAUCCCUUGGCCACCCACGCCACCCAGUGGAUGGAGCGCACCCUCGACGACAGUGCCAACAGGCGCAUCAGCCUGGCGGAGGCGUUCCUGGGCGCAGACGCGGUGCUCAACACCCUGCAGAAUAUCUCCGAGGGCCUGGUGGUCUACCCCGAGGUGAUCGAGGCGCACAUCCGCCAGGAACUGCCCUUCAUGGCCACCGAGAACGUCAUCAUGGAGAUGGUCAAGGCCGGAGGGAACCGACAGGACUGCCACGAAAAGGUCCGCGUGCUGUCCCACGAGGCGGCAGCCCAGGUGAAAGAGAAGGGGAUGCCCAACGACCUGGUGGAGCGUAUCCGCGCCGACUCCUACUUCGCCCCGAUCCACGUCCGCCUGGACUCGCUCCUCGAGCCUUCUUCCUUCAUCGGCAGGGCGCCCGAACAGGUCAAGGAGUUUGUGGAGAAUGAAGUGACUCCUGCGUUGGAGCCCUACAAGGCCAAUCUGGCUGGAGAGUCCAAGAUUCACCUUUGAGGGCCACCAAGGCACUCCACGCGCCACACAGCAAACCCCGCCCCCAGAGCGCAGAUGCUAUAUUUUUCUAAUACGCUCGCCACCACGAGCACUGCCACUCUUGGCGGGAAGAUUUGUUACUACGUUAUAUAUUUUGAAAUAAAAGAAAACUAUGAACGGU